ACGCGCCACUGUGACACCGGAUAUGACGCAAUAGGAAAACAAGGCGGAAAUAAACAGCCAAGCUGUCAAGAGAACAUGGACGAGUGCGGGGAAAGUGGUCUGUUUUCCCGAUAUUGUGGUACAGCAAACUUCUUCUAAAGUUUAUUUGAAGGGCUCAGGGGUCGAUGUGGUGCAGCUGCAUUGAAAGUGGCACCUGUUUGCUAUGGCAUCAUCCCCUUUCCCCCUUUUCACCGCCCUGCUGUUCCUAACAUCGCCCCCUCUGCUGUCUUUUUUCAUACUCGAACCCCCGACUCCCCCGCCCUCCUGUGAGCCCGGACGCUCGUGGGUGGUGCAGCUGAGCCACAAUUCUGAGCCACACGAAAGCUCUCUGGAUGAGCUGGCUGAACGCGUGGCGCUGGAGGCUGGGCUCGAGAGCCACGGACAGAUCGGCCAACUUCAUGGCCACUACCUGCUCUGCCAUGUGGCGGGAGAGGACGAAAACGCACCAGGAGCCGGCCGGACUUUGGACGCCCAUCCACACGUAGUCUGGCACAAACAGGAGAACAUCUUGCGCAGGUCCAAGAGAAGCUUGGUCUUCAACGAUCCCAAAUACCCGAGUCAGUGGCAUUUGCACAACGAUGUGAGGCUCGGCAUGGACAUCAACGUGACCGGCGUGUGGGAGCGCAACAUCACCGGCGCGGGCGUCACCGUGGUCGUCGUGGACGACGGCUUGCAGCACACACUGGAGGACAUUCAGCCCAACUAUUCUCCAGAGGGCAGCUACGAUCUGAACUCGAACGAUCCGGAUCCGAUGCCACACCUGGACUCGCACAGCGACAACCACCACGGCACGCGCUGCGCGGGAGAGAUCGCCGCAGUGCCCAACAACAGCUUCUGCGCCGUGGGAGUUGCAUACGGCAGCAAAGUGGCAGGAAUCAGAGUUCUGGACGGACCCCUGACUGACAGCAUGGAGGCCGUGGCUUUCAAUAAACAUUACCAAGUCAACGAUGUUUACAGCUGCAGCUGGGGACCGGAUGACGACGGACGCACUGUUGAUGGACCCCAUCCUCUGGGCCAGGCAGCACUGCAACAUGGAGUCGCAGCAGGCAGAAAAGGCUUCGGAAGCAUCUUUGUUGUCGCCAGCGGUAACGGCGGCUUGUACAAUGACAACUGCAACUACGACGGCUACGCGAACUCGAUCUACACAGUCACUGUCGGGGCCGUCGAUGAGAACGGAAAGAUGCCGUUCUACGCAGAAGAGUGCGCCUCCAUGCUGGCCGUGACUUUCAGCAGCGGAGGAAGGCAACUGCGUAGCAUCGUGACCUCAGACUGGUCGCUCCAGCACGGCACGGGCUGUACCGAAGGACACACUGGAACGUCCGCAGCAGCUCCUUUGGCAGCUGGCAUGGUGGCCCUGAUGCUGCAGGUGCGGCCCUGCUUAACAUGGAGAGACGUUCAGCAUAUCAUCACGUACACGGCUACACAGUACGACACUGACGUAGAUUGGGAGACCAAUGGUGCCGGGUUUCACCACAGUCACAAGCAUGGGUUCGGCCUGCUCAAUGCCUGGAGGCUGGUCAACACUGCCAAGGUUUGGGAAACCGUGCCAGUCCUGGCAUCUUAUCAUAGUCCUGUUUUAAGAGAAGGAGAGAUAAUCCCGGCUUUCCCGAAGAAACUUAUCCUCAGCUGGAAUGUCACAGCUGUAGAUCUUAAACAGUCAGGAAUAAAGACCCUGGAGCACGUGGCAGUGACGGUAACGAUAACUCACCCGCGGCGUGGAAACGUCGAGACCGUACUCGUCUGCCCGAGCGGGAUGACCUCGCUCAUCGGAGCCAAACGAGCCUUGGACACAGACACUACAGGAUUCACAGACUGGACUUUCUCGACUGUACGUUGCUGGGGAGAGCAAGCUGUAGGCCAGUACAGUCUUCACGUCACUGACCACAUUUUUUCUUCCCCAUCAGGAGAAGACUCAUUUUCUCUGGGCACACUGAAGCGCUGGAAACUCACUCUGUACGGCUCAGAGAUGUCCUUUCAGGAGGUUUUGGACAGAAAAAGGCUGGUGGAAGAGUCUAUGAGCGGCCAGUUCCUGAACAGCAAUUUCUCCAUUCCGUGUCCACCCGGCUUGGACAUUCCUCCAGAAGUAGAGAUCCCGUUUACCUUCAACACACUAAAGAUUUUGCUGCUCCUGGGCUGCUUUGCCCUCUGCUGUUCUCUGUACUACAUGCUGGAGCUGAUGCUCCCUCACUUGCACGGGCCGGGGCGUGGAGCCUCGGCUGCGAAAGACGGCCAGUUUUUGGAAAUGCAGCCGGAUAUUGACUUAGAGGCCAAAACACCGCUCAUAGGAAACGAUGACGACACGUAGCACUCAGGUGGGCGCAGCAAACACAAGAAGUGACAUAAACCCGACGCACCUUAAUCGAGCCAUGCUAGUUCCAGUGUCAAGUUCUCAAUCCAGACCUGGAAGAUGAUUAGCUGUGAUGUUAAUUAGGGUUUCGUGGACCUUUUUUGCACAUCCGGAUCCAGGGGUGUGUUGUUUCGUUCCGCUGGGGCACAUCGGACCUUAAUUUAGGAACAUUUUAGCAAGAAUCCAAGUGUUUACAGCAGGAGCAGAAUCCUGCUUUUGAAAUGAACAAAUUACUUGAUAUUGCUGGUACUGAGAUUUUCUUUUAAAUUUGUGUGUGUGUGUGUGUGUGUGUGUGUGUGUGUGUGUGUGUGUGUGUGUGUGUGUGUGUGUGUGUGUGUGUGUGUGUGUGUGAGUGAAUAAUAAGGGUUGUAUGGUGCUUUCAGAGAGAAAGAAGAGUGCUAUAUUUUUAUUAUAUUAUACCUUUUUGCCAGUUUUGUUCUUUUGUGUGUAAUAUAUAUACUGGGCCAAGUUAAAGCAAUUCAUCCAGCACUUUUUUCUUUCUUUUUUUUUCUUUUUUUUCUUCUUUUGCCCAGUGCUUUAAACUUAAUGGGAACGAUGAGCAAUUAAUUUGGCAAUACAUGUAAUAUAUUGAUAUUUCUAUGAAAACAGAUGCCUUUCGAGACAUGGGUCUUUUUACUAAGCUGCAGUGUUUUACCUGUUUGACAAUCCAAAGACAAGAAAAUGUGAUCAACAGCUGGUCUGAAUAAAGUCAAUAAAAUAUUUUUUUUGGCGGA